UGCUGCUGAGUGGUGGUUGACAGUCUCAGGCGACAAGAGGAAAACAAGACAGCGGAUUUUUUCUUCUUCUACUCUUCUUUGCUAACGGCGUAUCAGUGGCGGAUGCCACCAUGAAGCAGAAAACAUAAGUAGAGCAUUCAUAAGGAGGCUGCCACUUGUACUUUACUGAAGAUAUCCAUCGGUGGGAUGAAGAACUGAAGUCUUAACUAGAGUUUGUGCCAACAUGUCUAAACCAAUGGAUCACGUCAAACGCCCGAUGAAUGCUUUCAUGGUUUGGUCCAGAGCCCAGCGCAGAAAAAUGGCUCAGGAGAACCCGAAAAUGCACAACUCCGAGAUCAGCAAGAGAUUAGGAGCGGAGUGGAAACUUCUCACCGAGUCUGAGAAAAGGCCAUUCAUCGACGAAGCCAAACGACUGCGAGCGAUGCACAUGAAGGAACACCCAGACUAUAAAUACAGACCGAGGCGGAAGCCCAAGACUCUGAUGAAGAAAGAUAAGUUUUCUUUCCCGGUGCCCUACAAUCUCGGGGAGCACGACGCGCUCAAAGUUAACGGGCUUUCCGCUGGAGCACUUUCCGAGUCCAUCAUUGGGAACCCUGAUAAGGCUGCAGCGGCUGCGGCGGCCGCAGCAGCCAGGGUAUUCUUCAACCCGUCCAUGUCUGCGAACCCAUAUUCCUUUUUCGACCUGGGAUCCAAGAUGACUGAGCUCUCCCCACCUUCGUUUCCUUACGCGUCCCCGCUGGGCUACCCACCGGGAGGCGCCACGGCUUUCACCGGGACUGGCAGCGUCAGCGGCGGGACGCACACCCACACUCACUCACACCCGUCCCCGGGAAACCCAGGCUACAUGAUCCCUUGUAACUGUACGGGCUGGCCCUCAGCAGGACUCCAGCCGCCCUUAGCAUACAUCCUGCUCCCCGGGAUGGGAAAACCUCAACUUGAACCGUACCCUGCAUACGCUGCAGCGUUAUGAUAAGGCCCGCUGUGGACUUCUGAGAAACUGUGAAAAACAAAAACAAACAAACAAAAAAAAGCUAUUCAUGCAAGAGUUUUAUUAUGCAUGCACAAACUUGUACAUGUGAUGAAGUGCUCGUCGUCUCAGAUAUCACAUGUGUAUGUAUAUUGAUAAAUGCCUUUAUCUAAGGUAAUGCUUAUUUAGAGAACUCUCUAAUCUAUUAUUACGCAGCCAUCACCUCUCACAGCCCAGAGGCGAAGGACUAAAAGGAUGGCACAAAUGCACAGAGCAAUUUGUGAAAACCCCAUUUUGAAAAAGGUAUUUCUAUCUUUUUGCAAGUUGCACCUGCAUAGACUAACCUGUUGGAAUCAAGGGCAGCAUAUUCAACGAGCAUAUUAAUCCUCUCAGAUCAGUUGAAGGCUAAUGGGUUGGUAAUUCAUGGAUCAGGGAGGAUUUAUCACAACAUUUCUCCCCUUCUUGAAUGACUGUAAAUGUGUACAGAUAAAAAUGACUCUAGUUUAUUUGCCGUUAUAGGCUUAGUGUUUGAGAUAGGGGCCAGGCAUUUCACUUGAGAUGCGGUGUAUAUUUUGAGUUUUUAAACCGUUUUAUAGAUGUCUGUAAUAUUUAUUGUUUAGUGGAAUCUAUGGUGACCCCCAGACAAUUUUAAAAAGGACAAGACUAGUUCUGUAAUAUUUGCACAUGAAACGUAGAGGAUGUAAUUUAUUUUGAAGGUGGUUUGAUUCCUCAAACCCUUUUUUUCCCUCCCCUCCAAAAAAUUAAACGCAGGUGGAAGUUUAUGCAUCCCUCACCCCCCACUCCUCGUAUCAUGUGCAGCAGAAAAAAAACAUUUUUAACUAACUCUUAUGGAAUUUGUAUGUUUUGUGUUUUUCUUUAACCUCCGUUAUGUACUUCAACCUAUUGCUACUGUUCACUUGUUGAGCAAAAGGACUACAAUAAAGCGUAUUCGGAUUAAACGGAA